AUGACAACUUCCAAAUCAUUGAAAAUCAUCUUUAUCAUUUGGUUCAUUUCAACUGCCUUUGCCACCUACUCCGCCACUCCUCAUUUAGGAAGCAGCAGCGGACUAGGCUGCAUCACAGCUGAUUUUGAUAAACGGAAAGGAUACACUACUUUUCUUGUAGUAAGUUUAAUUUUUCUAGCCACCACAGUCAUACUGGUUAUGUACGCUCUCAUUUUUGUCGUCGUUCAUAAACGACAAAAGAUGCUGAGAAAUGGUGAAUUGGGUCAAACCUGCAAUGAUCAGAACCAACGAAGUGCCUUUCGUCAAGAUCUGAAGGUUAUUCGAAUGCUGUUGGUUGUCGUGGGUGUGUUUAUACUUUGUUGGGGUCCUUCCUUUAUUUAUGCGUUGCUUGUCUUCUACUAUCCAAAUUUUAUCGAUUACAAUAGCACGUCAUUCAGCUACUGGCGUCGGAUUCUCAUAGCCACAUUACUAAUAAACAGGCUUCCAUAUUUCAACAGUCUGUGCAAUCCAAUAAUUUAUGCCUGUCUGGACCAAACAUACAGAGCGGCUUUCAAAAAUCUGUUUAAACGAACGAUGUGGCGACCAAGCCCAAGAAGACGACAACCACCAGAUGCAAUAGAGUUACGCCCACUGAGAACAAGAUAA